AUGUAUCGCGACAACCUCAAUCCGUUUGCUGAUCCACACGAUUUGACGAGAUCUGGCAGUCCACCCGCUGCCAGUUCCUCAGUUGAACAUUCUGAAUCUGCCAAGUGGCCAUCCAAUCAGGAACAAGCGGUAGCUUUUGAUAAUGUCGUGUUGAAUGAUGAGAAUGUGGAACAAUCAUUUCCUGGUAGUGCAUCUGCAACGGACUCAGGAAAGCAUUCUUCACAGAUGCCGUUUUCAAGAGAAAAGAACUCGGAACAAAUUGAAUACCAAGGCACAGAAGCGCAUCAUAGUCCAGUGUCCAAUGGUGGUCGUUAUGAGGAUUUCGAGACGAUCGAUUGGGUGAAAGAUAUCGCCAGGGAUCGUUGUAGACAUCGAGAUCUACAUGCGAAACGUGUGAACUACCAGUGGUCCACCAACCCGAUUAUAGCCCCCGAUGUCGGCUUUUCCUCCUCUCACUUUGGUGGGAAAACACCACCGCGAGAAGGCAGUGAGUAG